AUGAAGUACUCCUACGUCCUCCUUGCUGCCGCUGGCCUCGUUGCCGCCCAGAAGAAGUUCACCGACGUUAUCCCUGCCUGCUCCAAGGACUGCCUGAUCGAUGCCGUCAAGAAGGGCACUCCCUGCAGCAGCAUCGACGACUCCAAGUGCAUCUGCGAGGCCACCAACUACCGUAACAUCUACACCGUUGGCGUCCCUUGCGUUCUUGCCGCCUGCCCUGCUGAUGUUGCCACCGGCGAGCUCCUCCCCGCCGCUGCCCAGUUCUGCCGUGAAGUUACCGGCGGUGCCACCGCUCCCCCCGUCGAGUCCGCCUCUGCUGCCGUUUCUUCCGCCGUCUCCUCCGCCAUCGCUUCCGCCUCUGCUUCCGCCUCCGCGGCUGCUUCCGGCGCUGCUUCCAACGCCACCGCCAGCGUGACCGGCGCUCCUACCGCCUCAUCCGGCUCCUCUGGCACCGCCGCUACCGUUGCCACUACUGCCCAGCCCGCCGGCGCCGCCGCCGUCGGCUCCAUGGGUGCCUUCGGCAUGAUUGCCCUCGGUGCUCUUGCUGCCUUCUAA